GGUUGAAACUCGGGGAUCAAAAUUGACGUCAUUUUCAACAUGGCCGCCCCCUUGGAUGACAUGUUCUGUCGGUGUGCGGAUCCCGGUAAAGCCAGUAUCUGUGUGGAGGUGCGGUUUAUUGAUAAUGUGAAGGGGAAAGGACUGUUUGCCAAGAAGCCUUUCAAGAAAGGUGAUACCAUCUUUAUUGAGCAGCCUCUUGUCUGUGCUCAGUUUUUGUGGAAUGCCUUAUACAAAUAUAGAGCAUGUGAUUACUGCCUGCGUGCUCUAGAGACAGCAGAGGAGAAUGCGAGGAGGCUCAGCGGUCUGCCUGGCCUCACCCUGCCUCAUCCUGAGCUGUGUAAGGUUCGCUCAGAGUUGCAUCAGGCUUGUCCGCACUGCCAGGUGAUGUACUGCAGCAGUGAGUGUAAGCAGGCUGCCUGGGAGAAAUAUCACCAAGCCCUGUGUCUGGGUCCGUCCCGUGAGGAUCCUGACCAUCCAAUCAACAAGCUGCAGGACGCAUGGAGGAGUGCACACUAUCCUCCAGAAACCUCCAGCAUCAUGCUAAUGGCAAGGAUGGUGGCCAUCGUCAAACAGGCUCAAGACAAAGGGCGCUGGCAGAGGCUGUUUUCCCACUUUUGCAGCCGUGCAGCCAAUGAGCAGGAGGAGAUUGCGCAUAAGCUGCUGGGAGAGAAGUUCCAGGGACAGCUGGCUUUGCUGCGUAACCUUUUUACCACAGCACUGUACGAUGAUCACCUCAGCCAAUGGUUCACCCCAGAGGGCUUCCGCUCUCUCUUCGCUCUUGUCGGGACCAAUGGGCAGGGUAUUGGAACCAGUUCUCUCAGUCAGUGGGUUCAUGCAUGUGAUGCACUUGAGCUUCCCCGCCAGCAGAGGGAGCAGCUGGAUGCUUUUAUUGACCAGUUAUACAAGGACAUAGAUAAAGAAACUGGUGAUUUCCUGAACUGUGAAGGCUCUGGUCUCUACCUUCUCCAAAGCUCAUGCAACCACAGCUGUGUGCCCAACGCGGAGGCAUCCUUCCCUGACAACAACUUCCUGCUUCACCUCAGCGCCCUGAGUGACAUCAGCCCUGGAGAGGAAAUCUGCAUCAGCUACUUGGACUGUUGCCAGCGAGACAGGAGUCGUCAUAGCCGGCACAAGAUCCUGAGAGAGAACUACCUGUUUGUGUGCUCGUGCCAGAAGUGCAUGUCCCAAAUGGAUGAUGCGGAUGUGACCUCAGAGGAGGAGGAUGAAGUAGAGGGGGAAACUGAGGGGGACGACAUGGAGGAUGAAAUGACAGACGUGUGACGCAGGAUGAAGAAACGUUCCUGUCGUCUCUUUCUGUGGACGUUUACACUCGGUAGCAUCACCUUAGAGAAGAGAAAAACAAAAACACUCAUUUCACCUUAAAGAACCUGCCUCACUGUCCAUGCAGCAGACGGCUGACACCCCAGGCUAUGCAAAAUGUCUCUCUCUCUCUCUAUAUAUAUAUAUAUAUUAUUUUUCUUUUUGUCUCGAGCUCUCUUCACCUUUUAUGAAUUCUGUACCAUGAGUAAUGAUGUGUUGAGAAGACUGCCAUUUCCAUUUCUUAAAACAUUAAUUAUACACUGCAUCUGGGUAAGGAUUUUCAAUGGUGCCUAUAUCCGUGUUCACUCAAGCUUGGUUUUAAACCUGUGGAACCAUGUAUGGGUAACUUUGCAUUGAAGUAAGCUCUUAGAUUUAUGUCACAGAAUAUAAAGGCUUUAGUUAGUGUUGUAGUAGAGAAUGCUAGAGCCGAGUCAGAGUGAAGACCAAGACCAGGGUACAUGGGGGCAGUUUUCCCAGACAAGGAUUAAGCCUAGCCUUGGACUACACUGCAUUUUAAAUGGAGAUUAUCCAUUAAAAUGUAAAUAUAGUCUAUGACUAGGUUUAAUCCUUGUCUGGGAAGUCCACCCAUAGAGGACGUGCACAUAGGGACAGUUUUCAAGACAGGGAUUAAGCCUAGCCUUGGACUACACAGCAUUUCAAAUGGAGAUUCUCCAUUGAAAGGUAAAUAUAGUCUGUGACUAGGCUUAAUCCCUGUCUGGGAAACCAACCCAUACAGACCAUGACUUUCAGUAGUCUGAAUCAAGGCCAAGACCAGGACACACAGAGUCAGGACCAAGACUUUUAGUAGUCAAAUCUGAGUUGAAAACAAGACAAGACAGGGACAAUCAAAAAUAAAUAUAAAGGAACUAAAUAAAGAAUAAUAUUUGUAAGUCAUUA